AUGAGGUUGGAGCACACAGAGCCGGAGCAGAAAGAUGAGGAGAAGCAACAGAGUGAGAAGGAGUCGAGGCUGAGCGGUGAGGACGGUGAUGAGGAGCAGGAGGAGGAGGUUCUGAUCGAGCCUCAGGAGAAACAUGAAGUCAGGGAGAAGGAGACACGCCAAGUAGUAACUGGUGAUGCACCUGCUGCCAAAGCUGCAGCUUUGAAUAGUGUGUUUGUCAAAGCAAAUGCCAAAGUCGCUGCUUCUGACGAAGAGGAACAGGAAGCUCUUGCUCAGAUCAGACCAGCUAAUCUAGGCUUUGCACAUCCAGCCAAGAAGAGGACAGCACCGGAUUGGAUGCCGACACUGAGGCCAGCUCGCCAAGGGCAUCAAUGA